AGUAAUGGUACACUUGGAAAAAGUAGGUGGUUAUGCAGAACCUGAACCAUGUUAUUGCUAGCUUUUUAUCUAAUUUGGUUGCAAAGAAGCCCUAGGAUAUUUCUAAAAUACUUGCAGCAAAUUGUUGCAUUUGGACAUGGGAACCACCUUUUAAUGGGCCCAUGUUUCUGAAGUACUAUAAAAGGAGAUGAAUCUCUUCUUGUUCGAUGCACCUACCUGGUCAAAUAACCAGCCAAAGAUGAUUUUGUCACUACUAUUGUUGAUUUUUUUUCUGACAAUCGUUUCGUCGAAAGAUAAUACUGGUUUUUUUACUUCGUUUGAUUCUUUAGUAUGGGAGAAGGGUGGGAAUUACCCUAUUAUUUCCCCAGCUACACCUAAUUGGAUUGGUACAUUCAGUUGGACCAUUAAUGGGACGACCAUGGAGCCUGGUGAUACUUUUACUUUACACAUGCCUUGUGUAUUCAAGUUUACCACUCAUGAGACAAUGAUUGAGGUCGGAACUGAUGAUAAGAUCUUCGCUAUUUGUACUUUCCAUCCAGGUGAUAUUGUUGUUGCGUUUUCGGAAUUGAAAUGUACUUUGUUGGAUACAGUAACUCCAUUAACCGAGGCUUAUGGUACUCUUAGAUUCCCCUUUACUUUUAAUCCUGGAACUUCUGCUAUAAACACUGACUUGAAAUGCGCUACUAAAUUUUUUGAUGGGCUCAAUACUAUUAUCUUUACUGAAGGUGAUAAGGAACUUAGCACUCAAGCUACUUUUGAAGGUGGUUAUACAUAUACUGAUCCUGACGAUUUGGUAUAUUCUAAUCGUAUUAUUCCAACAUUGAAUAAGAUGCAACCGUAUCUAUUAGGUGGUAACUGCCCAGACGGAUACGAAUCUGGAAAAAUAGGUAUGGAGAUUCUUCGGGGUACAGGUCUAAUUGAUUGCAAUUCAAUCCAUGCCAGAAUUUCUAACUCCUUCAAUCCCUGGUAUCAUCCUCGUAGCGCUUCUAACUCAUUUGACUACACAACUGAGUGCACCUCAACAAGUUUUGUUGUUGAGUAUCAAAACAUUCCCGCGGGAUAUAGACCAUUUAUUGACAUGUUAGUUAAAGUUCAAAAAAAUGUUCAAUUGUCUCUCAAGUACAUUAAUACAUUUACCUGUGCUAAUCUGUCUAGUGAGGUUAAUAAAGGAACAGAGCUCACUUGGACUCCGUAUAGAAAUGAUAAUGCUGAUGCUGAAGGAAAAGAAGUCGUAGCUAUUACUUCAACUUAUUCAGGCCGGACUACUAGUAUCACUACCUUGCCUCAUCAAUCCAGUGAUGAAACAAUUACAAUUGUUGUGGCAAUUCCAGUUACUACUAUCACCCUCACUUCCACCUAUGAUGGGACGACUACCUCAUACACGACCUUACCAACCGAUCCUGGAAACACUGUCAGCAUUGCGUUCCAACUGCCACUGGUUGCUCCUCCACAAGCUAUUUCUGUUCCCACGGCAGCCGCUUCGAUUUCCACGAUCUCGACAUUGAUAGUAUUUUUAUAUUCUUUGACUAACUUGCUUGCUUAGGAGUUGUCAUAGUGGAAGCCUUUCGAUACUUUGUUAUAUUUAUUCCUAUGGUUUAUUAAUCUUUGUCAAUAUUUAUAUAAUUAUGCCAAUUCACGAUGUUUAUUAUCUUUAUGGUUAGUGCUAUUAUUGUUUAUUCAUUAGAUGAAAAUAAUUUCUCUAGACAUUUUAUCUAUUAACUAUUGUAAUUGGUGUAACGAAAUCAUUGACUAUAUAAUUCUAAGUUCAAGCAACUGAUAAACUUUGUGUCAUGGCAAAACAUAAAUCAAAUGAUAUAAUCCAUAUCUACUGUCACCAAAUGAGAUAAAAAUUACAGCGUGAUAGAGUUUCUUGUGUUGUUAAAUUUUAUUUACAUAAAUAUAUACUGUUAAUUAUAACAAAUGCAUGGUCUGAAAAUUAACCUCUAUCAAUUCAAAUCAAUUGUCUCUAAACAACAACUGCAGAAUCAUCUUCACUGUCCAAUUCAUCUAGUAUAGAAUCCACGUGCGUAGUCAUUAUGUUCCUAGUUAAAACUGAUCCUGGACUAGCAUGUUUAGUAGCAUGAUCGUUCAAUUGGAAACUUGGUCUCCUUAAACUGGUGUUUGAAGAUAUCACCUCUCUUAAAUCGGACACCCGUACAAAACCUUUACUGUCGGAUGUAUAAAGGGAUGAAAAAUCUCCACCUGCCAGUCCUCCGAAUCCAUUUCCAUUGACAGGGGCCAAGAACGAAUUAUGGUCUGUACGUUUUUGAUGAGAUCUUUGGCUAUUUUGGUAAAUCUCAUUAUGGAUUGAUGUUAUAUCACCAGCUGUUCCAAGCCCUAACCCGGUAUACAACCCCUUCUCGGAAUUGAAUGAUGCACUAGUUGGCGAGACAGAGGCAAUUCUUGGUGACGAUUGGUCAUAUUCAGGUUGUAAUGAAGGAGAUAUUGGCAUUGCAAAUUCAAGAUCAUUGUUUCUGGAUUCUCCUGUUCCAAUUAAAGCCUUGUCAAUUUCUGUAAUGAGGGGCUUUAAUGGGUAUAGCCAUUGAAUCAAAAAGUUGCUCUCGCAUGCGAAUGCUUCAAUAUCACUUUUCUUGAUUCUGAAAAUGAUGAUAUCAUCAGUGGAAACUCCAUUUUUGUUACCAUUGGCAUUAUCAAAUUCAGUAGGAAUACUACCGAUUCCGUAAAUCCAAAGUUUAUGUUUCUUUCUGUAUUCAAUCCCUUCAAAUAAUUGUUGGAACAAUUUGGAAGUUCUGCAAUAAUCCUCAAGGAUACUGUACUGACCAUCCAAACUUUCCACGAUAUAAUAAAACACAAUGUAUGCAAAUGUAUCUUUAAAUUUCUGAAUAUGGGCAACUUCAAGGGCAUUCUUUGUAUUCAAUUGCCAAUGAUGGAAAAAUGGAAUGAAGUUACUUAAUAGAUUUAAUCCGAGGAUGUUAACCAUGUUCUUGACGACCUUUACCAAAGUGGUGAUGACUUUUAAGUUAUCACCCAUAACAUUAUUGUCCAAAAAUUUAUCCACAUACAUCAAGAAAUGACUUAUGAAGUUUUGUUGCUCAAAGAUGUAUUGGUUGAUAUUUGGUGUCAAAUAAUCAUUUCCUUCAUCAUUACUGUUGUUAAGACUUUCCACUGAAUCUCUGGGACUAGAUUGUUCAUGUGUAGAAUCAAAUUUUUGUUGUACUGCCAAUUCAUUAUUUAAGAAAUCAUCAAAUACUUCCAAGAAUUUUAAUUGAAUGGUAUUGAUAUGGUCGUCAGUUAAAAUUGUAUGCUUCUCGGGAAAUUCUUGAUGAGGAGCCAAAAUUCCCAAACUGAUAUCCCAAUGUUCCAACGUAACAUGAUUACGACUGAUUGUACUCGAGCUUGAUUUCAAUAUUUGGAAAAUCUUAGUGAUAUUAUCAAGCAAUUGAAUGAUUAAAUCAAAUACUUGUUCGCCGGUAUAUGUUGUCAAUUGAUUUUCAUUGGUAAAUGAAUCAGCCAAAACACCAUCAACUUUGGAUAAGAUUUCCUGAAUCGAAUCAGGGACUUGAUCAUGAUAAUAAAUAUGGGUAGCCAAGUUACACAUACAAUCCGAAUAUAUUCCAGUUAAUGUGUUACAUUGUUCUCGGGUGAAUUUGUUGAUCUUUAAGAACAAGUCAGUUUGUAAAGUAAGUAAUUGUUGGAUAAUAUCGGCUACGGAAAGACCAAUCAUAUUGACUCUUGUAGAAGACAACAAUCCAAGCAAGUGUCGAGCAUAUUGAUAUCGAAUAUUGUAGUUGGCACUCUUACUGGCAUCAUUGGUUAACCGAGUCAAUGUUGAAAGUAAACUGGAUAAACUGAUGAAUCUUAGCUGAACUGGAGUCCAUGAAACACAUAAUUCUAAAAAGGUAAUCCCCCAUUCUAAAUCAACUCGACUAUCAAUAUUGUUUUGUACCACGGCUUUGGUUACUUCCCAAAUUUGACUUGUUGAAGUGGUAUUGAAAAAUGCCGCCAUACAGGUGUAUGCUUGUUCGGUGAUAUCAUCCAAAGUUAACGCGUCAUUAGCGAAAUCUUCAUCGAUUUGUCGAGCAAUAUCUUGCUGAGUUUUGGCCAGCACAACUCGUGAUAGCCUUCUAUCUUCAACCGAUUCAUCAUUCACAUUCAACUUUAAUCUUGUUAGAAUCCCAGUUUGAGAGU